ACGGUUAGUAGGGCAGUUGACUACACAAAGUUUCUUACAGCCAAAUAAAUAGUAGUAAAACCUCAUUUCUAUGGACAAUUAAUGUCCAUAAACGCGAUAAAUCGGCUACUGUGCUGUUGAAUAAUGUUAGCUGACGAAAUAAUGUAACGUUAGUCGGACAAAGCAGCCGUCCGACAAAGGGGAGAGCGACACUAAACCGGGACAAACAAGGACUUCCUGGGGCAUGUUGACUUCGAAAAGCAGAACAAUAAUAACAUUUCUUCCUCAAUGAAAGAGAAUAAAAUGAAGCCGAAACGCACCCAGAGGCAUACGGGACCCAACUGGCAAGGGAAAGGUGUCAGUGCUGGUGACAAGGCAGCGCUGAGCAAAGCAAAGCCGACGCGUGUCUCCUCUCCUGUUCAAGUCAAACCUUUUGCUGGCAAAGUGUUUUACCUGGAUCUGCCUUCAAACAGAACAGCAGAGACAUUGGAGAGUGACAUCAAAGACCUGGGAGGGAUUGUUGAGAAGUUCUUCAGUAAAGAAAUUAAAUAUCUGGUAUCCAACAAGAGGGAGGCUCGAUAUGUGCACUGUCUCCGGCAGGACUCCCCUGUCCCCAGCCCAGACUCCGGCCCGAGUUCACCUCACCCUCAAUCAAAGCAGCAGCGGCCUGGCAGCCAUGGGGACAUCAAAAGCAGGUCUCAAACAGACACUUUUGUUCCAAGUCGAGGGAAGUCUUUGGUGGAGAGAGUGGUGAAAGAGCAGGAGAGAGUGAAAAUGAACAAGAUCCUGUCAAAUGCUCUGGAGUGGGGUGUGAAAAUCCUUUACAUAGAUGAUAUAAUGGCGUAUGUUCAGAAGAAAAAAAAGAUAGUCAGCAGCCAGUGUCCUGCUGCCACUGCUCACAAAACAAGUGUCAAAGCUGAGUCAGCAGCAAAGCAAGGCAUCCAGAAGUACAAAGCGGGCCGGAUCAGUAAACCUUUUAUAAAGGUUGAGGAUUCAAGCAGACACUACCGUCCAAUCUAUCUCACCAUGUCAGACAUGCCUGAGUUCAACCUGCAGACUCUUCCUCCCUGUACCCCCUUCUGUCUCGAGGACAAGAACCCUCCUGGGAACAAACAGCUGGGACACAAAGGUGCAAAAGCCUCAGCCAGUGAAGAGCGAGCACACGGCCGGAAGAAGAGAGACAAGAAACGAGGCGGCUACUGCGAGUGCUGUAUGGUCAAAUAUGAGAACGUCACAACGCAUCUAAAGAGUGAACGUCACAAGGCUUUCUCCAAGAGUGAUGAGUACCUGGUUUUGGACAAACUUGUUUCAAACUUGCACUGCAAUUUUAUUCACAUCAAUACUCCAGUUAAAAGACCAAAGUGCAGUGUUUCCUCUGUUCUCUUUGUUCCUGGACCAAAUGGAAAAACUGGGCAAAGACACAAGGGAGAUGUGGAUUCCACAGAGAUUAUUAAAGAAGAGCAGCACCGAACAGUCGAUGGACAAGAGGGCUCUUAUCCAGGACAAACGAGACAAACCAGAUCAGUUACUGGUUUGGCUCCUCUGAAUCAAAGAGAGGGGGAGAGGAGGAGCUUUGACACUCACACAGACCGAUCCAAGCACAAGUCUCUUGCACGUAAACGACCGUGCAGACAGAAUUCAUUGACUUCUUGCACUCAAAAAGCUGAGCAGGCUGAAAGUCCUCAGCACAAGAUGGAAACAGCCCCCUCUAGGGGCGAAUGUCCUCCCUCUAUUCCCUCCAGAGUUAGCCCGGUCAGCAAUGUGGACCAAAUAAGAACCCAAGACAUGAAAAACUCCCACUUCCAUUAUAUGUUAAUAAAGAAUGAAGCUUCCUCAACUUGCCUUAAUGUUACAACAAAUCAACAAGAAGAGUGUGAUAAGAAACAACAUUCCUCAGUGUUUGAGGCUGUUCAGGAUGGAAACAUAUCGCCUGACAAAAUGACUGGAAACAUCCAAUCAGAAACUGAAGCAGCGAGCGUUCCUUCACAAAGCAUCUCCCCGGUCCGGAAAAUACAGAGGAAGGCUAAAGUUUAUAAACGCAAGAGACGGAAAGUGGACACACACGUUGGACGUGUGAAGCCAAGUGACAUUCCCGACAACUGCAUGCUGAAACUUUGGGACCUUUUUCUGUCAAGUGAUGACAUGGAUGUGGAAUUUCUGGGGUUUGAGGACUAGGUGGAUAAACUGAACUGUUAUUGUCUCUUCCAACCCUUAAACCACACCACAUUGAUUUAAAGACGGUGGUGUGAUCUUAAUUUUUGUUUUAUGUCAGAUAAACGGCAGCUCCUGAUUUUCUGUAGCAUUUUGUUCACAGCUAUAUAUAUGUUGAGAUAUAAAACCAGCAUACAAUAAUAUGUAUAAUUGUCUUAACAGUGGCUUUAAAAUGACAUUUUGUACAUUUUCUUGUGCACAAAAAUGAAUUCCAAACAACACAAAGACCUGUCAACGUGGACUAAACAAAAUAAGAAAUACUUUUAAACCGUAGUAUCCCCGUAAAAUUGAGCUUGAAUAUACAAAAUGUUGUGACAUCUUGAUAAUAAGGUGUAGCCCUUUUCAUGCAAUAUUAACUUAGUUAAAGUUAAAAAUAUUUCUGCAACUCAUCUGAUCUAAAGGACCCUUUAGACAGAAAAUGUGUGAAUGCAUUAUAUAUAUAUAUAUAUAUAUAUAUAUAUAU